AUGCAAUACACUUCAGCAAUCCUCCUUGUGGCCUUCGCUGCCACCAACGUCUUCGCCCACGGUGUCGUCACCGAAGUCCAGGGUGCCAACGGUGUUACCAUGCCAGGUCUCUCAGUCGCCGACGGAACUCCUCGUGAUUGCCCAUCUCCAGGUUGCGGUGCCGAGGCCGAUACUUCCAUCAUCAGAACUAAGGAAAUGGGUAGCUCCAAGGCUACUGCCCUCGGCCGUACCUCCACUGGUCCAGUCGACGCUUCCACGAUGAUCUCCAUGUUCAUGGGAGGCGAUGCCAACAGCACUGCGACCGUGGCAGCACGCGAGGUUCACGCCGCCAGCAUGGCUCGUCGCGCCCUCGUCGUCCGUGCCGCAAAUGGUGGUACCAAGACCCCAUCCGGUACAUCAGAGACCGCAGUCAAGGCUGCUGCUGGUGCUGGUGCCGCAUCUGGAAUGCCCACCUGCGCCGAUGAUGGAACUGUCAAGAUGACCUUCCAUCAAGUCAAUCAAGACGGUGCCGGACCCUUGACCGCAAUGGUUGACCCCACUUCCGGUGGAACCGACCCAUCUGCCUUCAAGAAAGCUGCAGUCACCCAGAACGUUCCAGGUAUCGGUAUCGGUGGUCUCUCCGCCGCUCAGACCAUGGAUUUCCAAAUGGCUGUUCAAAUGCCAGCUGGCAUGACAUGUGCCGGAUCUGUCGGUGGUGCCUCCGGUGUCUGUGUCGCCAAGGUCCAGAACAGCGCUCUCGCUGGUCCUUUCGGUGGAUCCGUCGCUUUCACCCAAUCUGCUGGUGCCAAGAAGCGUGCGAUUGAGUACAACCUCAGCAAGCGCCGCUUCGCCCGCUCCCUCGCUACCAACUCCGAAUAA